UCUCGUGUCUUUCUCUGUGUGUGAGAUGUGAGUGUGUGUGUGAUUGGCGGCGUUGAGCAGCUCGACCAUCCUUUAGCAGGCAGUGUGUAUGCGUGUGUGUGUCACAUAGAUACACUGGGUCCUUUUUGGAAAGAUGUAACCGUGGAAAUAAAACGUUUUGGGCGUGGGCACGAUGAGGCGAUGAGGACAGGAAAUGACGGCAUAUCUGGAGUUUGGGGCUCUCCUUUAGAGCAUUUAUUGCUUUUCAUUUUUAGCGAGAUAAUGCGGAAUCCUUAUAGGCAUUAAUUUGCAUCAUUCGAGAAGAUGAAGAAGCAGUUCAAUCGGAUGAGGCAGCUGGCCAACCAAACGGUGGGAAGGGCCGAAAAAACAGAGGUGUUAAGCGAGGACCUCCUACAGGUGGAGAAGCGCCUGGACCUCGUCAAACAAGUGACACACAGCACUCACAAGAAGCUGACGGCUUGCCUGCAGGGUCAGCAGGGGGCUGACGUGGAGAAGAAAUCUGUCAAGUCACCCUCUAAGAAACUACCACUUACUCUCCUGGCACAAUGUUUGGUGGAGGGAGCUGCAGUUUUGGGGGAUGACUCCCUGCUGGGGACGAUGCUGAAGCUAUGUGGAGAGACGGAAGAGAAGUUGGCCCAGGAGCUCAUCGACUUCGAAUUCCAGAUAGAGAGAGAUGUGGUUGAGCCGCUCUACGUUCUCGCUGAGGUGGACAUUCCCAACAUACAGAAACAAAGAAAGCACUUAGCUAAGCUUGUCUUGGACAUGGACUCAGCACGGGCAAGAUAUCAGCAGUCAUCCAAGUCGUCCGGCCACCCAAGCACUCUGCAGCCCGGUACCAAGUCCGAGUCACUUAGAGAGGAGAUGGAGGAGGCAGCCACUCGGAUGGAGAUUUGCAGGGAUCAGUUGUCUGCAGAUAUGUACAGCUUUGUGGCCAAAGAAAUAGACUAUGCAAAUUAUUUCCAGACACUAAUAGAGACACAGGCGGAAUACCACAGAAAGUCACUAGAGAUUCUUCACAGCAUUCUGCCCCAAAUUAAAGCGCACCAAGAGGCAUGGGUGGAGAAGCCAUCAUUCGGCAAGUCUCUGGAGGAGCACCUGAACAUUAGUGGGAGGGAGAUCGCCUUCCCCAUCGAAGCAUGUGUCACCAUGCUGCUGGAGUGCGGCAUGCAAGAGGAGGGCCUCUUCCGAGUGGCUCCAUCAGCCUCCAAGCUGAAGAAGCUAAAAGCCUCCUUGGACUGUGGAGUUCUAGAUGUGCAGGAGUAUUCCUCCGACCCGCAUGCCAUCGCAGGGGCUCUCAAAUCUUACCUCCGUGAGCUCCCCGAGCCAUUGAUGACUACUGAACUUUAUGAUGAAUGGAUUCAGGCCUCCAACAUUCAAGAUAUGGACAAGAGACUCCAAGCAUUAAUGGCAGCCUGUGAGAAACUGCCAACGGAUAACUUGAACAACUUCAGAUAUCUCAUCAAAUUCUUAGCCAAGCUGAGCGACUAUCAGGAUGCCAACAAGAUGACACCCGGUAACAUGGCCAUCGUCCUUGGCCCAAAUUUACUCUGGACGCAUACAGAGCCGGACAUGACAGAGAUGAUGACCACACUGUCUCUGCAGAUCGUUGGCAUCGUCGAGCCCAUCAUUCAACAUGCUGACUGGUUCUUUCCUGGAGAGAUUGAAUUCAACCUGACUGGCAGCUACGGCAGCCCCAUCCACACCAACCACAACUCCAACUACAGCUCCAUGCCCUCCCCCGACAUGGAGCAUUCUGACCGCAAGCAGCAACACCACCACGACCAGAGCCGGCGCCCACUCAGCGUUGCCACGGACAACAUGAUGCUGGAGUUUUACAAGAAGGAUGGCAUUAGGAAAAUCCAAAGCAUGGGUGUCCGGGUCAUGGACACUUCCUGGGUGUCACGUAAGGGCUCAUCCACACUGGCACGCAAGACCUGCUCCACUCCUCCAGGCGUGCAAGGCCCCGGCUCCCCCGCGGACUCGCUCAUCCCCGAGCAGGUCGGAGAGUUCAUCAUCUCUCCAGCUGCCACACCUCCCCCUGGAGAAAGAAUCAGCUCAGACGUGUCGCCCAAUCGGCCGGACACCUUUCAUGCCCACCCACCCCCAGGGGAGGACCGGCCGCCCCCUCCCUACCCCUCCUCUUCUUCCUGCCACACUGCCCACCACCACUUCUACCCCAAGCCACCUCCCUGCGCUCGCCCCGUGGCCCCGGGUCCGGAGUCGCAGCCCCCAGCCUCGCCUCCGCCCCCUCAGCGUUGGUCCGGUUUCACCCCUCCUGCUCCUAUGCCAUCCUCCUCCUCUUCCUCCUCCUCCUCCUCGCUCGACAUCAAUUCCAACCCCAAGCCCAGCUGUCUGCACUUCCCCAAGCACAGCCCACCCGGUGACAUGUCGCAUGCCCCCCCACCCGACAUUAAUGCAUCACCGCUCUACAUCAAAACCCCCCUGGUGCUAACCCGCCACGAGCAGUCCCUAAGCAACCCCCCUAGCCUCCCUUCCUCUGCGCCCCCGCCCCCGCCGUGGGCUGCCUGUCCAUGUGCCAGAGAGAGAGGACUCCCCAGGCUGACUAGUUCGUUGAAGAGUAAAGAGCUCUCCCCUGUCAUUGGACACAAAGCCAUCCAGGUGGCAAGUCCAACAAUUCCCCCCAACUGCAGUCCCCAAAGCAGCAGUCAGUGUCCCCAUUCCACAGAGCACAGCCCACACACCCUACGCAAAGGUUCCAAAAAGUUGGCCCCCGUGCCUCCCAAGGUCCCCUACUGCCAAUCUGGUGUGAUGUCUGAACAGUCGACAGGCCAGCCCUCACCGGUCAGCCUGUCCCCCACCCCUCCUAGCACCCCUUCCCCUUACGGACUAAUGUGCAGUCCAGGGCAAGUACCCUCAUUGUCCCCUGGGCAGACCCCAUUGGGGGCGCCUCACUCCCUUUCAUCCCCACCCUCCUUAACGGGUACGCUCACCAAGUCACGACCCGCACCUAAGCCAAGGCAGAGACCCAGCCUUCCCCCUCCGCAGCCGCCUACGGUCCCCGCCGGGUUUGCCCCACCAGCCCCGAUCCCGGUUCCGGUGUCCCAGCCUCUGGAGAAGGGCCUCAUGGAUGGACUGUCUCCUGGAGAGAGCAUGUCGACAGAUAUCUUCAAUUACGAAAUCCCCAGUAUCAAUGUCAAUCUGGACAGCCUCAUCGAUGAGUUCAGCGGUGGCCCUUGCAGAAGGUCCCUACCGGUGACGGACUCUCCGGCAGUGGAGGCUGUGCCCGAGGAGGAGCCCCAGACUACCACCCUAUGACCUAUGACCCCUUAAAGCUCAUCAGUUAGCUUUCACCACCAAGGCCUGAAGGGAAACAGAGUUGGCCUCAUCAAUAAUCCCCCCCCCCCUCAAAAAAAAACUACAAACUCCAUUCUCAUAUGUGCUCCAAGAUGCAAAAACACUUCUCUCUUCCCAUCGUUGACUAGAACUGAAGAAAACCCCACCAAAAUGCCACAUUAAGAGGAGGAACUGAUGCCUUUUGGACAAAAGACUGGAAUAAUAUUUAAGAUUAAUUUAUCUAUUUUUUAUCCUGCUUUUGCUUUAUUCAUUGGUGUUGCCGUUGUGAGUUUUUCUUUAGUUCGCCUUAAAUAGAAGAUGUAAUUCAUUUGUGUUAUGAUGUGCAGCUUUCAUUUUGGGGGAGACACUGAGCCUGACGUUGAUGUGUUUGCUUACAGGGUAUCUUCAAGCUUUGUGCACACAAGGUCUAUCCUGAGUGAUAGGAUUUGCAUGCAGGGUGAAAUUUACUAAGCCGAUUAUACCGUAUUUCCUCAUAUAGCUUUUAUACACAACUGCAGAGAGUAUCAGGGGUUUACAGGAGGGUAGGGGAUUUUUAUCAUAUUCAUAGUUUUUAGAAUUUUUCCACAGCAUAAAUAAGAACAUGUAUUCCAUUACAAUAUGUCAUAUUAAAUGUAUAUUAUUAUUAUUGUAUGAUGGCCAUCUUUGGUCACUAAAGGGUAGAUAUCACAUUUUUACCUUUUUGCUGACACACUCGAUUGCAUCUUUUCUUCUGUCAAGUUUUUUUUUUGCUUUCUCUUAACUUUCACCUUGAAACUUCAGCUUUCCAAAUGUCACGUCCUCUCUGCAGGUGCUGGAAAAGGUCAUUACUAUGCUGCAAAAACUGGUGAGAUGAAAUAUCUGAAAUUAUAAAAAAUAUUUAUUUAAAAAAAUACAGAAAAUCAUUUUUGACAAACAAUAUUUUUUUUCUAUGUGACACCAAUUUGCUUAUUUAGAAAUUGUGCCACAUUGUCACCAAGUGGGUAGCAAGUUGGCCUCGCAGUCAGGGGGCCAAGGGUUUGAAUCUCUUUUGGGGAAUGUCUGCGUGGAGUUUGCGCAUUCUCCCCGUGCGUUUUUUUGUUUUUCGGGUUAUCCGGCUUCCUUCCACAUCCCAAAAACAUGCACGUUAGGUUAAGUGGAAAUUCUAAAUUGUCCACAGGUGUGAAUGUGAGUGUGAAUGGUUGUUUGUCUACAUGUCCUGUCAUUGACUGGCGAGCAGUCCAGGGUGUGCCCCGCCUUUCGCCCGAAGUCAGCUGGGAUAGGCUCUAGCUCAGCCGUGAGCCUAAUGAGGACAAACGGUAUAUAAAAAUGGAUGAAUGGAAGUUAGUAGUUCUCAAACAUUUUACACCAAGUUCACCAAGUGGGCAUUGUUGGUUAAUAAAUUUGUAUUACAGUAAUUCCAUACAUUCGUAUGGACACAGUAUUUCUAAAACAAUCUCUGGUGUUCCUGAGUAACACUAGAUGGAGCCCGCGUACCACCAGUACCAGUGGUACUUGGACCAUAGUUUUACAAUCAAUGUCCAAUAUUACUCAAAAUAAGCGAAAGAAUCUACUAACAGAAUAAGAAAAAUUGUUUUGCUGAUGUGCUUGGAACAAGUGAAAUGACUCACUUUAAGCUGCACCGGACUAUAAGCCACACAUGUCCACAUCAUAAAAUGGCAUAUUGUAGCACGCACAAGUCCGUGAGGACCAGCAGCUCUUUAUUUGACAGGAGCCAAUCAUGAGCUAUGAAAAAAUCACAACAAGCUUGUCAGUCCAUUGGAAAUUGCAGGAGGUCAUUACUCAAUACCGCAGUCUGGCUCACGGUGUCAUCUUACAAACUAAACACUAAACUCAUCACACAGCAACUUAACACUCAACACUCAAAGGGUACUAUCCUCGAAAGUUAAUAUCCAAUACAAGUACCAAUACGAGUUUGAAAAGAAAAAAAACAACUACUAAACAACGUUUUCCCAUAAUACAUUUCGUCUGAGCAAAGCAUUUCAUUGGAGGACAAGCAGCAUAGAAAAUGGAUGGCUGAAUAGAUGGAUUUCGCUGCAAUGCUGCCUCCACCAGAUGGAGCCAGAGGAGCCCAGAGGGAGGCUGAUAUCAUUGCAGCACCUGCAGGCUCGUUGUGAGUUCACUGAUAGCUUGUGAUUGGCUCCUGCCAAAGAAAUAGCUAUCGUUUCCUCACUGACUUGUGAGUGGCACAGUAUUUAAAUGAUUAGUAGUAGUUCUGAAGUAAAGGAGAUGUCACGAGAUUAGAACAUAGCCAUUAAUUUGCCGCACUGCUGUCGUAGCCGCAGGGUUCAAAGUUUAAGAAAAAGUAGUGGCUUAUACAUCGGAAUUUACGGUAACUUGUUAGUUAAAGAGAGGUACUGUAUGUCUGUAUGUCUUGAUUUUAGAUAUUUAGCCUUGCUUAGGUUUCAGUUUUUGCUAUUUUUUUCCUCGGGAGGGGGGAAAGGGAGGCAUUUAUUUGAGGUGUGGCGUUUAUUUGAUGAAUCAGGGUACAGUGUCUAUUUGAGGGAAUAUGGUAAUUAUAAGCCUGUCUCCUAAUAUAAAGACAUUUGUACCAGCACAUUAUUAGAAGAAUGUCCAAGCCAGUAUAAACAAAUUGUUUCCUAUUGAAGACCUCAGAAUGGCCGUUGGUGAUGCGUUUACUGUAUUUCUGUAAAGAUUGGUAUUGGUGAAUGGAUAACUCUACACUGCCUUGCUUUUUUUGUUGACGUUAUUCUCUUAUCAACCUCACUGAAGUACUACAGGCUCAAUUACCUUUUUGUGUAAAUACAAAGACUGUACUGUACAUAACUAAAUGUAUAUAAUUCAUAUAUAUUAUUUAUACAUAUAUACAGUAUAUACCGUGUAUACAUACUGUAUAUGUACGGUAUAUACUGUAUGUGUGUGUAUAUAUAUAUAUAUAUAGUAAUAUUGCUGUAAUAUUGCGGAUGAAGAUGCAGGAUUUCCCAAACUUUCUAAUCUGAAGACCCAAAUUGACUCUAAUAUGUCAGGCAUCAUGUACUGUGAAUGAAUACAGAAGACAUGGUUUUACUACUACAAACAUGAUUUGGAAAAAAAAACUGUGUUGAUAGCUUACAGACGUGGUUCUCAAAGUUUUUACACUAAGAACCACCUUGAAAAUACUUACCUUAACUGGUACCACCACGUCUGCUACCUCUGCUUACCAACACGGUAAUGUGGUACCAGUGGUACUCGUAGCACAGUCUGACAUACAGCAUUCUACUUAAGUUUGGGAAACGCUGGUGUACAAUUGCACAAUUAUCAGGUGUUUUAAUUGUAGUUCUAUAGUUUAGUUACUAAAAAUUUGCACACUUGCAUCACCUGUAAAGGUCUUUUUUUUUUUUUUUAAAUGCAU